ACAUCCAAAGGCAUUACAGUUUUAACAUUGUUUAGUUCCACUAACAUCAAAAUGAUUGUAAAGUUUAUAAUUUUUGUGGUGAUAAUAAUUCAGGUAUUGGCUAAAAAAGACGACGCCACAACCGAACUCAACAAGCUUAAAAUAAAAGUAGAGUCAGAAGUGAACACAUUCGAGGAAAACUCCAAAAAAUGGCAACAAAACCUAUUCCAAGACGUAUUAAAAUUUGAUAAUAAAACACUGGAAGACGUAAACAAAAAAAUCAAAAGAAUUAAAGAAAAUGUUGCUAAAUUAAAACCGAAAAACCCUAAAUGUGUCGACGACCAAAAGGAGGCAAUUUCAAAACUGGACGGCUUAGGGAAAUCAUUUUAUCCAUGUAGCAGUCAAGUAGCAGGAAGCACGGAAAGAAAUAUCGGUGAGUUUCAAAAUCGAGUUGCCAGGGCCAAAGGCCAACUGGAUAUGCUUGAGGAUAGGAUUAAGGGAUGUGCAGAGAAUGAAGAUUGUUUGACCGCCGUUAUAAGGGAUAUUAAAAAAAGUAAUAUAGCGAAAGAAAUAGAAGAUAUAACAGGGAAAACCGAAGAUUUUGUUAAUGUUAAAAAGAAUGAAUUAAACCAUUGUUCUACUGUGGAUAAGGUUAAAGAUAGGGGUGACGAAAUAGUUAACAAAAUUAGAGAAUGUAUUGAUAAACAUUACUAAUAAUAUAAUGUUGAAUGUAAGAAUUCUGCCAUUUAAUAUGUCAUGUAACUUUUUUUAAUAAAU